AUGGUGCAGGUGAAGGAGAGGGUGGCGGUGGAGACUUGUGAAGGAGAGGGUGGUGGUGGAGACUUGUACUCAUAUGGUGGUGGUGGAGGAGACUUGUAUUCAUAUGGUGGAGGUGAAGGAGAGGGUGGUGGUGGAGACUUGUACUCAUAUGGUGGAGGUGGAGAGGGUGAAGGUGGGGGAGGAGACUUAUACUCAUAUGGUGGUGGUGGAGGAGAUUUGUAUUCAUAUGGUGCAGGUGAAGGAGAGGGUGGUGGUGGAGACUUGUACUCAUAUGGUGGUGGUGGAGGAGACUUGUAUUCAUAUGGUGCAGGUGAAGGAGAGGGUGGUGGAGGAGACUUGUACUCAUAUGGUGGAGGUGAAGGAGAGGGUGGUGGAGGAGACUUGUAUUCAUAUGGUGGUGGGGGAGGAGACUUGUAUUCAUAUGGUGGAGGUGAAGGUGAGGGUGGUGGUGGAGACUUGUACUCAUAUGGUGGAGGAGAAGGAGAGGGUGGUGGUGGAGACUUGUACUCAUAUGGUGGUGGGGGAGGAGACUUGUAUUCAUAUGGUGGAGGUGAAGGAGAGGGCGGUGGUGGAGACUUAUACUCAUAUGGUGUGGGGGAGAGGAGACUUGUAUUCAUAUGGUGGAGGUGA